AUGACUAGUAACAUACGACGUCGAGUGGUAGGUCUCAAGGAGAAGAUCCGUCUACACGGAGAUGAGACGCAGCAUGAGCAGACUGACCACUGGUCCAACAGGGACUUGAUCCCUCUCCCUCCGCACCGGAGAACGUGGGGAUGGUUUCACUUCUACGGGUUCUGGACGCUGUCGUCGCUCAACAUCACGAAUUGGCAGACGCCAAACUCGUUCCUUACCCAGGGGCUUUCCGUCGGCCAGUCGAUGGCGAUUAUCAUCAUUGGUAGGCUGUUGAUUGUUGGGUUCUCGACACUGAUUGCCUGGUGCGGUCUGCAGUGGCAUAUCGGCUUCACGGUGCAGAAUCGGUAUACCUGGGGCAUGCGCGGCAGCUACAUUCCGCUACUUCAGAGAAUCUUAUUGAACUUUAUCUGGAACGCUGUCCAAUGUUGGAACGGCGGUCGCUUGGUCGCCGUCUGUCUGACUGCUAUCUGGCCGUCCUAUGCGAAGAUGAACAACUUUCUUCCAGACAGCAUGCCAACGAACGGGAGCGAGUUCGUGGGGUUCAUCGUGUUCUGGUUUGUCUCGACGCCGUUCCUGUGGAUUAGACCAGAGAAGUUCAAGAUGCCGUUUCUCGUCACUUCAAUAUACUGCGGCUGUGGCAUGCUAGCCAUGAUGAUAUGGGCCUUGUCCACUGCUAAAGGUGUUGGCCCUCUUUUGUACUCGGGAGCAUCAGUGCCAGCGACAUCCCGUUGGAAUGACAGCUGGUUAAUGAUGGCAAGUAUUAAUCAAAUGAUUGGAGGUAUUGCUGCAGGGAUCACCAACGGUUCAGACUUCUCAAGAUAUGCCCGAGGCUGGAAAGACUAUGUGAUUGGGUCGAUAACUUCAGGCUGGAUUACUGGUGUGUUGGUGUGCUUCGUCGGUCUCGUAACGACGAGUGCUUCUCAGAAGAUCUACGGCGAGGUGAUAUGGAAUCCCCCUGAUCUCCUGUUGAGAAUGAUGGAAAAUGGAGAGGGGACUUCGGCUGCUCGCGCUGGAGUCUUCUUUCUCGCUUUUGGAUUCGCUCUGACGAACGUGUUCGAGAACAUCUGCGGCAACGCUGUGGCUGGAGGAAUAGACCUCGCUGGGCUCUGGCCUCAUUACAUCAACAUCCGACGAGGCGCCAUCAUCACUUUCAUCGCAGCUUGGGUCGUUCAGCCGUGGCAACUAGUCAACCGAGCGGUAACCUUUAUCCUAGUGCUCAGUUCCUUUUCGGUCUUCCUGGCGCCUAUCAUCGGCAUGAUGGCAACGGAUUUCUAUGUGCUCCGCCGGAGAAGGAUCCAGCUCUCCCAUCUAUAUCGCAUCCACAACACGUCCUAUUGGUACUGUCGUGGGGUCAACUGGAGGGCAAUACCUGCGUGGCUCUGCGGCUGGGCGCCGACGAUUGGUGGUCUUGUUGUAAGUGUUCGCGGAGAUAUUGAUCCGUCCAGGGCUCUGCAAGAGCUGUACUUUAUGGCCUUCUUCAUUGGUUUCUCCAUUAGCGCUGUGAUCUUCUAUGUGCUAAACUUGCUUUUCCCACCUGGUGGCCUCGGCGACUACGAGACUACGGACGUAUAUGGCACAUUCACGGCUAGAGAAGCCGAGAAGCUUGGUGUGAUACCAUCUAGUGACAGUCUGGAAAAUCACGACAGCCACUAUGCAACCCAGGAAGUGGUUCAGGAGAAAACAUAA